AGGCUUUCAGUGUUGCUGGGGCAUCUGUGCCCAAGCCUGGACUGUUUACCGUCCUCCUGUCACCUCGCAUGGAUUCUGUCUGCAGAGCUUGCUGCGGGGCCAAAGGCGGAGGAGGAGGGUAUAUCUUCUUACGACAUCCAGGGAUUUCCACCAGAGUCUCCAAUAGAAGAUUUGGUCCCAAACUGCUUUGGGGGAGAUAUGGAACCUGUAGCCUUAAAAGACUUGGAAGGAAAUGGAGAACAUAGUGGGGAGAAAACUUUCCAAAGUGGGAUAACUACCCAUGACAACAAUUCAAUUUCAAAAAGAGUUCAAGGGUAUAAUGUACCAUGGAGCAAACACCAGCGUAAGUCAGUUAUAUUGCCAGGGAACCGCUAUAAAUGUAAUAAAUGUGUAACAGUCUCUUAUCACAUUUUAAACUUGAUUAUACAGAAUCAGGCUAUUCCCACUGGAGAGAAGCCUUACAAAUGCAGGAAAUGUAGUGAAGCUUGUAACCAGUCCUUAACACUUAGUACCUUUGGUGGAAUUAAUUUGGGAAAAAAAACAUACAUAUGUAGUGUUUGUGGAAAAAUAUUUAAUCAGUCAUCAGAUCUAAAUAAACAUAAAAUAGUUCAUACUAAAGAGAAAUCUUACAAAUGUAAAGAUUGUGGUAAAACUUUUAACCAAUGUUCAAAACUUACUCGCCAUCACAGAAUUCAUACUAGAGUUAAACCAUACAAAUGUAAAGAAUGUGGAAAGACUUUUAACCAGUGUUCAAGCCUUACACAACAUCAGAGAAUUCAUACCGGAGAGAAACCCUACAAAUGUAAAGAAUGUGGUAAAUCCUUUAGCUCUAACUCAAAACUUACUGAACAUCAAAGGAUUCAUACUGGAGAGAAACCUUACAAAUGUAAAGACUGUGGGAAAGCCUUUAGCCGGACUUCAAACUUUACUGAACACCAGAGGAUUCACACUGGAGAGAAGCCCUACAAAUGUAAAGAGUGUGGUAAAAACUUUAACAAGUGCUCAAUACUUACUCAACAUCAGAGAAUCCAUGCUGGGCAGAAACCUUACAAAUGUGAAGAGUGUGGUAAGUCCUUUAGCUCUAACUCAAACCUCACUGAGCAUAAAAGGAUUCAUACUGGAGAGAAACCUUACAAAUGUGAAGAAUGUGGUAAAACCUUUAAACAGUGCUCAAGCCUUACUCGACACCAGAGGACUCAUACAUAAGAGAUACCUUACAAAUAUGAAAACUGGAGAAAGCCUUUCUGAAAUGCUCAAAACUUAACAUCAGAUUAUACAAGAGAGAAACCGAAAAAUGGCAGUAAUGUGACAAAGCUACUAAGAGAAAUUCAAUAUCACAGAAUCCAUAAUAGCUUGAAGUUCCUGCAAAUGUAAAGGCUGGAAGGCAUUUGUUUCUAAUAUAUAUUUUUUGAAAGCACAAGAGUAUACAGAAAGAGUUUAAAUAUAUACAAGAAAAAUAUUGGAAAGAUUUUUAAAAUGAAAUCUACAAUAGACGAUAGAACUUUCAUGUCUGAGAAACUGGAUUUAAUCCAUGCCUCUACAUAAUUUAGAGCUAAGCAGUGCUCUAAUAUCUCCCUUUUAUAAAAUAAAAUUUAAAAAAUAACCCAGAUUCUUUCUUUAAAAAUUAUUCAAAUACUUCAAAACAGAAAAGAUAUAUAUAUAUAUAUAUAUAUCACAGAAACAAAAAAAUAAUUUGCAAUAAAAAUCACUGUCAUUUCUCAGAUAUAUUUAAAAUUAGUAUUUAUUACAGAAAAAAUUUCAAAAGUUAAAACACUUUCGUAACUUGUUGCUUUAUUUCUUAGUAUGUUUCAAAGGAUUGAAAUGAUGAGGUUUUUUUGGAUAUGUAUGUGUAAUUGCAAUGUGUUCAUUUUGAAUUGUAAAUAUUAAUGUAAUCCUACUGUUUAAAUAAUAGCUUUUUUCAUAAUGUAUAUAGGAAAUGUAUUUGUUUUUUAAUUUUAUUUAUUUAUUAUUGGGUAGACAGAGAGAAAUUGAGAAGGGAGGGUGAGAUAGAGCAGAAGAUGGACAGAGAGAUACCUGCAGCCGUGCAUCACUAUGCAUGAAGCUUUCCCCUGCAGGUGCGGACCAGGGGCUUGAACCCAGGUCCUUGCUUACUGUUGUGUGUACACUUAACCAUGUACACCACCAUCUGGCCCCCUGUUUAAUUGUUUUUAAAAGAUAUUAGAUGUCCUUUAUUUGGUGGGUUCAGGUAUAUCUAAUUUUUAAUAGAAGAUUAAGGAUAUUACAAGGUAUGAUAUGUGAAAAAAAGUCUAAUUAAAACUGCUACUUGCUUGUCUUAUUUUUUUAAGUAACAGAUUUAUUCCUAAAUAUUCAAUAAUAGCUUAUUGUAUAUUUAAUCAAUUUUCCACAUGAGUCAUCUUAGACUUUUACUUUAAAUAGUCUUUUAUAUACAACAUCCUAUAGGAAUAGUUUGUUGUUUAUAGACUUUAUAUAUUUUAGAAAGCCUAGCAGGCUGGGGAGAUGCACAGUGGUAGUUCACAAGACUUGCAUGCUAGAGGUGUCAGGUUCAAUCCUCAGCUCCACUCAUAGCCAGAGGUAAGCAACGCUCUGGUCAGAAUAAAUAAAUAAAUAAAUACUGGUAAAACAUGCCCAUUUAUAUGAUCUUGCAUAAUUUAAUUCAGUUAGAUUUUAUCAACAAAUUCAGUACUAUAUAUAUAUUAUGUCCUUCUUGCACCAUUUUCUCCUUUGGUAACCUUAGUUCUUUUGUCAGUAUCUACUUAAUUUAUCCUUUUUAUUUUGUUUUGUGUGUUCAAUUUCAUAACCUUGUACUAUACACACAAUGAAAUCAUCCACUGGUGAUCUUUUUCUUCUGUUUUUUUCAUCAAAACUUUUUAGUUUAACAUUAAAAGAAUAAGCAAGGAAUUGCAUGAUCAUUACAGAAGAGUGUAUAAAAAUGUUCAAGGGUGAUUUGAAAUGAGAUAAGGUAGGGUUAGAGCAGAAGGCUUUUAUCAAAAGGAUCAAUAAAAGAAAUAUCUUCUGA